CGGGUGUCGGUCUAUAUGCUUUUCACAAGGCACCACGUUUUCUAGCGUCAUACCUGCACACAAACCGAGACAAGAUGAUUCAAAGACUUAAAAGAACUACCUGCAAGGAAGUAAAAUACACUGAUAUGGAGACAGAUGAGUCAUUCUCACAGUCCAUAUGUAGUGAUGAGGAGAGUGAAGAAUGGAAACCAUUAGAGUCCAAGGCCCCCAAAAGGACCACCAGUGUCACUGUGGGUUGUGAGAAGAAAGUAGCUGCCAAGAGACCUGCUAAACCUAAGGAGCCCAAAGAACCUAAAGUGCCCAAAUUGGCCAAGGAACCUUCUGAUAAGACAAAAGCACAGCGGAAACCUGUAACUGAGCGGAAACCACGAGCCCCGAAAGUCACAAAAAAUCCCAGAGCCUCUGCGGUGGCAGGGAGGAAAAGGAAACAGUCUGAUGGAGGUGAGGAGAGACAAAAGGAUAAGAAAGCAAGAGAAGCAGAGCACCCAGAAGGCAUUGCACUAGGAGUGGGUCCGUCAAGUGUCACAAUGAAGGAGGAGAGGUUGUCAUUUAUUCUGCCUGAGGCACCUCCGGUGGGCAGAUGGGCAGAUGAGGUGGCAUCAGGGUCAGGGUUGACAAUGAAAAAAGAGGAGCCAGAGGAGGACUUCACGUUUGACCAGACCUAUGGCAAGAAACAUACGAUUAGUGAUGCCCUCCAUGGGCUACCAACUGCACUGUCAUCGACAAAGGCAAACACAAUGAGGAAUGAACUUAACAUGAACUGGGACCCCAUUGAGCUCCUGUCCACCCUGACAUGUGUGGAGAGCUUGGUUUGCUCGAACAUCGUAAAGCUGCUGCGUGAGGAGAACACAGUUCCUUUCAUGGUGCGCUACCGCAAAGAGAUGAUCAACCACAUGGAUGCAGAUGCUGUCCGAGACGUCCAACUAGUAUUCGGGGAAAUAUGCGCCCUGUCCAAGAAGACCCAGUCGGUGAUCCAGACGCUGAAGAAGGAUGGCAUUCUGACGGCUGAGCUGGAACACAACCUGAGGAGCUGCCGAUCUGCUGAUGAACUAGACCACUUGAAUGCUCCAUAUAAGAAGGGCAGUAAAGUGAGUAAGGCACACAGGGCCAAACAGCUGGGCCUUGAAGGAGCUGCCUCACUCCUACUGGAAAAGCCACACACCUUGGAUUUAAAGGGAUGGGUUAAACCUGGCUCUGAGGGUCUGUCAUCAGUGGAGGAAGUAGCUACAGGUGUGGAGCAUAUCUUGGCUGAUAUGAUAGCCAAAGACCCAGACACCAUCACCUAUGUGAGAACCUUGUGUGAGAACCGGAACGUGACGAUUCAGUCCUCCGUGUCCAAAUCAGCCCUUAAAGAAAAGGAACAGGAGAAGAACGUCCCCGGUGAAGCCAAACCAAGAGGUCCGCAGAACAAAUCCAAAGACAUUGAAAAAUUCCACCUUUACUUCGACUUCAGUUCCAGCGUUCAGCGAAUCCAACCCCAUCAGAUACUGGCCAUUAACCGAGGGGAGAGUCUGAAGAUUCUGACAGUGAAGGUGAACCUCCCAGACAGUGUGAGGAGUGACUUCACGAAGUGGUGCAUCAACAGCAGGUGGAGGCCAAAGGCUUUUGCCCCAGUAGAGCUUUAUAAACUAAUUCAAAAUGCAAUUGAGGACUCUUAUAAAAGACUCAUCCUGCCUCUUCUCACCAGAAGAUACAGAACAAAGCUGACAGCAUCAGCGGAGAAGGAGUCAAUAGCUAUGUUUGUGCGCAACCUCCGCCAGUGUCUAUUGGCAUGUCCAGUCAGAGGCUGUGUCAUCAUGGGUGUGGACCCAGGUUUCAGACAUGGCUGCAAGCUUGCUAUCCUCUCCCAAACAAGUCAGAUUCUCCAUACAGAUGUUAUCUACCCACAUAGAUCCAGCAAACAAAAUGACGCAGACAAACUGCGCCACCUUAUGAUCAAAUACAGCUGCAGCAGGGUCGUGAUCGGCAACGGGACAGGGUACCGUGAGACGGAGUCCUUCUUCGCCGACCUCAUCAGCAGGGGCCACUUCCACCCAUUGGAUGUGUCCUACUGUAUAACCAAUGAGGCGGGAUCGUCCAUCUACAGUGUAAGUCCAGAGGCAGGAAAGGAGAUGCCCAACCUGGACCCCAACCUGAGGAGUGCAGUUUCUAUCGGAAGACGGGUCCAAGAUCCUUUGGCUGAACUGGUGAAGAUCGAUCCUAAACACAUCGGCAUUGGAACGUACCAGCAUGAUGUAUCGACUGGAGCUCUCAAGGCAGCGCUGGAUGGGGUUGUACAGGAGUGUGUGAGCUUCGUGGGGGUGGACAUCAACAUCUGCUCUGAGACGCUGAUGAGGCAUAUAGCAGGUCUCAGUGCGGGCCGUGCACGGAGCAUUGUCGAGUGGAGGGAGCAGAACGGACCCUUCAUGAACAGGGAACAGCUCAAACUGGUCAAAGGCAUGGGGCCUAAAAGCUUCCAACAGUGUGCCGGCUUCAUCAGACUCAAUCCUCAGAGUUUACACAGUGCCAGGUCCUCAGUGCCACAGAAGCCAGUGGUUCAGAAGGGUAAGGGAAAGGCCAGCGUCAACAUACCAACCUCACCCAACCCCCUGGAUCAGACCUGUAUACACCCUGAGUCCUACCAUGUAGCACAGAGAUUUCUUUCCCUGGUGGGUGGAAGUGUGGAGCAGAUUGGGAGUGCAGAGCUGCGACGGUGUGUGGAGAGCCGGGCUCAGGCGAGCACCGUGGAGAAGCUGGCUCAGACCCUGGACACUAGUCCCGAAACCCUGAAACUCAUCAUAGACGGACUCACACAGCCCCCAGGCUUUGACAUACGACAGGACUUUGAGCAGACAGACUUUAAGCGGGGCAUCGUGUCAAUGAGUGACCUGCAGAUUGGUGCUGUACUGACAGGCCGGGUGGAAAACACCGCGCUUUUCGGAGCCUUCGUGGAUAUCGGGGUGGGUACCUCAGGCCUCAUCCACAAGAGCAAAAUCACCCUGAACAAGCUGCCUGCCUCCCAGCACCGCCGCAGCCUGGCUUUGGGGCCCGGGCAACGGGUGGAGGUUCGAGUCCUGAGUGUGGAACCUCAGAGGGGACGCAUUGGCCUGGACCUGAUCAGGGUGCUUUAAUAGUGGGACUAGACUCCAUACUGGUGGGUUAGAACUCAUGACAGGUAGGGCUGUCACCAUCAUAAAAUUUCAGUUAACGAUAUAAUUGUCUUUUGAAUUAUGUGUAUGGCUUUCCCCCGCCUUUUUCUCCCCAAUUGUACUUGGCCAAUUACCCUAUUUUCUGAGCUGUCCCGGUCACUGCUCCGCCCCCUCUGCCAAUCCGGGGAGGGCUGCAGACUCCACAUGCUUCCUUCAAUACAAGUGGAGUCGCCAGCCACUUCUUUUCACCUGACAGUGAGGAGUUUCGCCAGGGGGGCGUAGCGCGUGGGAGGAUCAUGCUGUCCCCCUCCCCCAAACAGGCACCCCGACCAGGCACCCCGAUCGACCAGAGGAGGCGCUAGUUCAGCGACCAGGACACAUAUCCACAUCCGGCUUCCUACCCGCAGACACGACCUAUUGUGUCUGUAGGGACGCCUGACCAAGCCGGAGGUAACACGGGGAUUCGAACCAGCGAUCCCCAUGUUGGUAGGCAAUGGAAUAGACCGCUAUGCUACCCAGACACCCAGAUAAUAAAAUAAUAAAUACAAAUGUUCAGUCACCAUCAUUGUUAUGAGAGGCCACAGAUAAGUUCAAGCUUGGUAUAAUUGUUUUAUAUAUUAGAAGUUAAGAAAUGUUUGUGUGGACUGACAGACAGUGAAAAGCUGGUUUCUUAAAUCAUGUGACAAUGAAAAAUUUUGGUUAGGAAAUGUUUGAUGCUGAAUGAUAAUGAAUCAUCAACAAGUUGUGUUUGGGUGGCUGAGAUUGAAAAAAGACAUACAUAAAAGUUUUGACAGCCUUUUUGUUCAUAGAAGAAGAAGUGAGUUUUACAUAUUGUUCAAUUUCUUUCAAUAAAACAACAAAAAAAGGUUUUUUGUUUUUGAAUUUGCUUUUGUGAAUGAAAAAGUU